CAUUUGUCAUUCGUCUUACGAACACUGCUGGAUAAAGUCUGCUCUAUUUUUGCUCUGAAUAUCAUUUCUAGUUAAUUAUUAAGUGUUUUGAAGUUGAAUUAUUGCUCUAUUCAUACUCCGAAUAUCAUUUUUAGUCAAUUCAAAAGUGUUUUGAAGUUGAAUAAUUGCUCUAUUUUCACUUCGAAAAUAAUUUCUAGUUAAUUAAAAAGUGUUCUGAAGUCGAAUAAUGGCUGAUGUUGUCCCAAAUUCAAAAAACUAUCAAAAGUUGAAAAAAUCAAAUAACAUAUCCCAUCACUUCUUCAACUGUUCAGAUUUCAAGCGAAGAUGAUAUCGCCUGAAAAUAAAGAUCUGCUAGAAAAAUGUACGGAAACUGAAAUCAAAGUCUACAGAAGAAGAUGGCUGAUUCUUGCAAUAUACAACAUGUUCUGUGCGGCAAACUCUUUUCAAUGGUUGGAAUACUCCAUCAUAACGAAUAUUGUUAUGAAAUUUUAUAAUGUUGACUCUUUGGAUGUGGAUUGGACGUCCAUCAUAUACAUGGCGAUAUAUCCAAUUAUUGUUAUUCCAGUGUCCUAUAUAAUUGAUAAAAAGGGCCUAAGAGUAGCAGCUUUAAUAGGGGGAUUGGGAACCGCCCUUGCUGCAGCUGUAAAAGUUUUUUCCAUUCGAAGAGAUCUAUUUUAUGUGGUUCUGAUUGGACAAGCCAUAGGAUCAACUGCUCAAGUAUUUGUCAUAUGUCUCCCAACUAAAAUUGCUGCAGUCUGGUUUAAAGAUUCUGAGGCAUCAACUGCUUGUGCCCUUGGUGUUUUGGGCACUCAGGUGGGUUUCGCUUUGGGAUUCCUGAUUCCUCCAACACUGGUUAAAAAUAGUGGGGAUGUCAUUUCAAUAGGAUCAGAUUUACGUACAUUGUGUCAAGGAUUAGCCAUUUAUAUGAUCCCCGUUUCCAUAGCAAUAGUAUUCUUUUUUCCUCGUCAGCCAGCAUUACCACCAUCUGUUGCACAAAUGCAUGCAAGAAAAAUCAAAUCCAAGACGUUCAAAGAGUUUCUUUCUUCAUUCAAAGCCAUGAUUACACAAAAUGCAUAUAUAUGCCAUUUGAUUGCGUUUGGUAUAAACAUAGGAGUUUUCGCAUCAGUGGGAACAUUACUGAAUCAAUUUGUCCUGCAAUAUUUUCCAAAUGCUGAAGAAGAUGCUGGGAGAAUGGCAUUCAUUUCUGUGUGCUGUGGAAUCGCCGGAGCUCUAUUGAAUGGAGUAUACCUCGACAAGACUAGGAAAUUUAGGGACACCACUUUAUUCAAUUACGUUUUGACUACUGUAAGUGCGGUUCUCUUCAUGGUGACAUUACAAUGGAAGAAGAAAUUAUUGGUAUAUCUAACAUAUGCCAUGUUUGGCUUCUUCUCUAAUUGCUACAUGUCGGUGGGAUUCGAAAUGGCAGUGGAAAUUACUUAUCCAUUAGACGAAAGCACAAGUGCAGGUCUUCUUAAUGCGUCGACACAAGCGUUUGGAGUGGUCAUCGUCUUACUGUUAGGAAAAUUGAAUGAAAACUUUGGGGCACUAUGGUCAAUAUUCAGUCAAGUGAUUCUUCUUCUUAUUGGAACUUAUUUGACUUACAGAAUACCCAACGUAAAAAAAAGACAAGAAGCUUUUUCCCGAGGCGAAACCGAAAUGAACAGCAUACAAACUUCAUGAAAUAUAUUUUGAUAGAAUUGUCUUUUAUUCAGAUAUACCACACCAUGAUUAAAUUUCAUCCUUUAAUUAUAAUCCUUCAGUAUAAAA